AAUCACAUUUCUUUCGUAGAAGCUUCACUGAGAAUGUCUGGACGCGGCAAAGGCGGGAAGGGUUUGGGGAAAGGAGGCGCCAAGCGGCACAGGAAGGUGCUGCGGGAUAACAUCCAGGGCAUCACCAAGCCCGCCAUCCGCCGCCUGGCACGGAGAGGGGGAGUCAAGCGCAUCUCUGGCCUCAUCUAUGAGGAGACUCGGGGGGUCCUCAAGGUUUUCCUGGAGAAUGUCAUCCGGGACGCCGUCACCUACACCGAGCACGCCAAGAGGAAGACCGUUACCGCCAUGGAUGUGGUGUACGCUCUCAAGCGCCAGGGCCGACAGCUGCCCACAGCACUUGAAGUCAGGGGCGGGCCCAGCAUCUGAUUCAUAAUGGCCCGUACCAAGCAGACCGCCCGUAAGUCUACAGGAGGGAAAGCUCCCCGCAAGCAGCUGGCAACCAAAGCAGCCAGGAAGAGCGCUCCGGCCACCGGUGGAGUGAAGAAACCUCACCGUUACCGGCCCGGCACAGUUGCUCUCCGUGAGAUCCGCCGCUACCAGAAAUCCACCGAGCUGCUCAUCCGCAAGCUGCCUUUCCAGCGCCUGGUCCGGGAGAUCGCUCAGGACUUCAAGACCGACCUGCGCUUCCAGAGCUCAGCCGUCAUGGCUCUGCAGGAGGCCAGCGAGGCUUAUCUGGUCGGUCUCUUUGAGGACACCAACCUGUGCGCCAUCCACGCCAAGAGGGUCACCAUCAUGCCCAAGGACAUCCAGCUGGCCCGCAGGAUCCGAGGCGAGAGGGCUUAGAUCAUCGGCAGCUUCUCUCCCAGCAGCACAAAGGCUCUUUUCAGAGCCACCAAAUCCGCAAUCAAACGAGCUGAGACUUUUAUCUCUACUGUCCAAAUUGCAACUCCCACGGCCCCGAAUAAGUUGACUCCGCCCAUACGCCUUGAGUUCUCUCUCAGGUCCUCUCCAGCUGCAUAUAAGGCGGUGGGACAGGCUGGUAAUCACAUUUCUUUCGUGGAAGCUUUAGUGAGAAUGUCUGGACGCGGUAAAGGCGGGAAGGGCUUGGGGAAAGGAGGCGCCAAGCGGCACAGGAAGGUGCUGCGGGAUAACAUCCAGGGCAUCACCAAGCCCGCCAUCCGCCGCCUGGCACGGAGAGGGGGAGUCAAGCGCAUCUCUGGCCUCAUCUAUGAGGAGACUCGGGGGGUCCUCAAGGUUUUCCUGGAGAAUGUCAUCCGGGACGCCGUCACCUACACCGAGCACGCCAAGAGGAAGACCGUUACCGCCAUGGAUGUGGUGUACGCUCUCAAGCGCCAGGGCCGCACUCUCUACGGCUUCGGGGGCUGAAUCUGCUCAUAAACCGAUAUAAACCCAAAGGCUCUUUUCAGAGCCGCCA